AUGAGCAACAAUGACACUCCAAAGAAACAAAAGGAGAUCAUCAAGGAACCAACAGAGGAAGAGAAGCAAACAAAAGCAGAUCAAGCUGAGGAGCAAGCUGUGGUGCCAACCAAAAACAAUGAGAAACUCAAAGAACAGGAGAACCAGCUACAUAGCUUAAAGGAAAAGACUCAAGGAAAGCAGCAGAUCGAAAAGCACCUCACACCUCCACUACCAUAUCCUCAGAGAUUCAACAAGGAGUUCUUGAAGGACCUUAUCAAUAAGAAGAGAAGUUGGCUUGAAAAGGAAACCAUAUUACUGACAGAGGAAUGCAGUGCUGUGAUUCAGCGGGGCAUUCCCCCAAAACUCAAGGAUCCGGGUGGCUUUGUAGUGUCAUGCACCAUUGGAAAAACAAUUCUCAACAAAGCUCUCUGUGACCUUGGUGCCAGCAUCAAUUUAAUGCCUCUCUCAAUGAUGAGAAAACUUGAUAUAGAAGAGCUCAAACCCACCAGGAUGUCAUUAGUUAUGGCUGACAGAUCCAUUAAGACACCCAAUGGAAUUGUGGAAAAUCUAUUGGUGAAGAUUGGGGAAUUCAUCUUCCCAGCAGAUUUUGUGAUCUUGGAUACUGAAGAGGAAGGAAGUGACUCAAUCAUUUUGGGGAGGCCGUUCUUACACACAGCAAGAGCCAUCAUCGAUGUAGAAAAAGGAGAAAUGGUCUUCAGGGUCCAUAAUGAACAAAUGAUCAUAAAUGUUUUCAAGUCAAUGCAAAAUAGCCCUGAGCAAGAGGAUUAUGUAAAAGUGGAUAUGAUAGAGAGUUUGGUGGAAGAAAUGCUGGAAGAAAGUUCUCAAGAGCAAGAAGGAGAUCAAAGUGCAAUAGAAGAACAAGUAGCCGAGACCUUCACAAGCAAAUAG